AUGAUUUUUCCGGCAAAACACGCGUCCGAGGAAAGCCAUUUUUGGCAGCUGACUUUGACAGUUCUCUCAUACAAAAAUGUAAACAUUGGACGUGGCUGGGAAAUUGGUUUUUGUGCAGAAACAAAAUCCGAAAUGACCGAGGAAUUGUGCGAUAAAAUCGAGAAAGAUGAGUUCUACAGGAACUUCCUGGCCGAGAAACCCAGCCCCGAGCUGCAACUCACGGUGGCGAUCAGCGAUCAGAUCGGGAAACUUUCGGACGGCAUCGAACAACUGUCCACGGCGCUCCAGAAACAGGUGCGAGAACAGUAUGGAGCCUUGUUGUCGCAGGCCAAACACGCCGGUACACUGAACGCUUCGAUCGAGUCCAUCUCGAGCCACAUCGAAACGCUGCAGUUCGGGGCGGAACGACUUCGCCGGCAGAUCACCGUUCCGUAUGAGAUGCUGGAGACUCAGACGAAGGUGCUUGGCCGGUUGCAUGAGGCCUCACACGUACUGCGCCAGUGCGCUCGCUUCCUGCAGGUACACAAAGAGCUGGAGCGGACCACGGAUCUGGCCGAACAGGCGAGCAUCGUGAACGAACUCGAAGGCCUGAUGGAGGAUGUCGAUCUGACGAAGAUCGAAUUCCUCCGCUCCGAGAUCGCAACCGUUACAAAAGCUAAACAGCGCCUACUGAUGGUCGCUAACCGCGAUUUAUUCGAGGGCAUCCUGAAGAACAAGCACGACCAGGUCGAUAUGUGCCUGCGAAUAGUCCAUAAUCUAAAGAUACUUCCCAAAUGCAUGAACAACGUGCUGGAAACGUUCAGCAACUAUCUGCGGGAUGCGAUCAAGGAAUCGUUCGCCGGCACAGACGUGGCAAAGUUACGCAAAACGGGAGCAUCUUCUCCGGCGAAAGAACGGCACGAAUCGAGGCAGAUGAAAGGACCGGGCAAAGCACCGGCCCUGACAAACUCCUCCAACUUCCGCAACAAACUCUGGCAAGCUCUCGAGUGGCUCUUUCUCGAUGAAAUGUAUGGCCAUUGCACGCAGGUGGCUUUUCUGCAGAAAUGCCUUCUUGACCUUCCGCUCGGUGAAGACUACACACUGGCCAAGGAGUUCGAUCGGCAGUUUUGGCAGAAUCUCGAGAAGCUAUUAAUGAAAUCGUUCAAAUCGGCUCAAUCGCAUGUGACACAAACACUACAGCAAGGACUACCGAAGCUGCUUUCCCUUGCCAAAGGGUUGGAGGCGAAAGUUGAGGGACGAUUCUCGUUCGCUGAUCAAGUGUUCAGCUCCCUCGAGGCAGGCUAUCUGGAAAAGUGUGCCAACAACUUCAAAGUGGCACUGGCCGACGUGGAUUUUCCCAAUCAGGAGGUGAUCGAUGGGUUGAUUCGGGUCGCUUCCACCGAGCUGAACGCUGCAAUUGUGGAUCCUCGUCUGAUCGAUCUGGUCACCGGUGUGCUCUGUGCUUCGAAUAAGGAUCUUUGGAAUAAAAUUGAACGAAAUGCGAAACUGGGCUCUGAAACGCAGCAAGUAGUAGACAACCCAAAUGUGUCGCAAUCACAAAACAUCACGCUGGCCAACAUCAUAUUCUAUCACCACGAGGCGAUUAAUCGUCUGGUGUCCAACCUGGGUCCCAAAUUUGCGGGAAUCGAAGCAUCGAAACGUCUAAAGUCUAGCUUGAUUGAAGGGAAAACGAUUACGCUGGCCAUUCUUCAACCAUUGAUAGCUUCUAUUCAUUCCGCGGUCAACGUGAUUCUACUCUCGAUGCACCGUGAACCGGGUCUCAAUUCAACAAACAUUUCCACCGCUGGUCCAUCACUGUACAUGAAGGAGUUGCAAGAUUUUCUGAUUCGUUCCUGGAGCACGCACAUUCUGCCGUUCAAUGAUCGAUCAGUGAUCGAGGAAGCCGGCCAAACGCUUGCCAUCCGGUGCAUUGAACUGUUUGUACAAAACAUGGCCAUCAUUCGUCCGAUUUCGUUUGCUGGCAGACAGCGGCUGAAAGCCGAUUGCCACCACCUGGAGGUCGCGCUGAAACCGAUCGUUUCCGAUCUGUCUACGUUGGGUAAAAGCUUCCGGUUGCUCCGAGCGAUCGCUUCACUAUGCACCGUUACACCACAGGAGCUGGUGCAGCAGACCACUGAAGCGGGUGGUGUCUUGCAACCGUACAUUGUGCUGUUCCUGUUAUUCGGCUACGCCGGUAACGAUAUGGCCAGUCCCCAUGUAACGGCCGGUUGGAGCAAUGAGAAACUGCUGCAGUGGCUUGAAAGCCACACCUCGGAACGCGAUCGGCUGGAGUUGAUCACUGGGGCUCUGCAGAAGUAUCGAAGCGUUGUUCGACAGAAGAACAUUACCCAGUACGAUCCAAUAUUCCCGAUUGUGACGAGUUAUUUGGAGCAUGUUACUAAGCACAUCAUUUGCGGAGAAAUCCGCAUCCAAUAAUCGUGGCGCGAUCUGUCGGCUGAACGGACUGGUAGUUCCCUUGGUUCUUGUAACAGCUAGCGCGUAAAUAAGAUAGGUUUUAAGAAAUAUCCACAUCUGCGCAACGAACGCCACUAUCACGAACGCCUCAAACGAAGAAAUGUAUCCAAAAAAUCCUGCCGGUGAAUGGUAGAAUGCGAUCAACGUACCCUUCAAACGGAAAAGUACUACUAUAAACCUACCAUCUGAUCGAGCUAUCGCUGUGGUGAUUUCGGCUGGGGGUUUAAACACAACUUGCAGUUCAUCUGCACUAUGAACCGUCACUCCGCAGACCGUGAUGAGAAUCAGAAACAGGAAGAGAAACAUGCUGUAUGCAGAUCUGUUCAGGCACUGUGGUCAAACGAGUACUUCAGUAGCAGCUAAAGUACACUCCGGGGCAAUGAAAGUGUUAACUAUUGUGCUCUUAAAAGAGUGAAAGGUGCUACAAUGCCGGAAGAUUCGAUUAGCAAUUAGAGUUCGAUUUCAGUGAAAACGAAAGCGACCACAUGUGCGGUUACGCAUUCAGAUGUUAGCGUU